GAGCGCAGAACAGGUUUGAACGGCAGACUGACGCUGUGCCGAGUAGACUGAAGACUGAAGCAGCUCCUGUCCUGGAGGAAUACGGUUUGGGUUUUAUUUUUGUAGUUUUGAGCCGAGGAGUUGGAGUUUGAGAUUAAGAACUGUGGAUUUUUUUCCGCACUGUUUUGUUCCGCGACGUGGUGAGGAGCUUUUGGGGGAAAGGGAAGAGUGAAACCCUGCUGGAAGAAGCUGCUUUUAGCUGGGAAAGAAACGCCAACAAAGAGCCUUCAGGGAAGUAGUGCUGCCUGGUGAGGUAACGCAAGUUAGUUCAGAAACAUAUACAAAGUACGGCAGCGGAGAAAUUGGCCACCAUGGUUUACAACAGACUCGUUCGUACGGGCUUGACUUUGUUGUUUUUCAUUCUCUUCCUAAACAUGGGGAUUUUUCGUGUAAAUGGGCAAUACGGUGGCGGGGACCGAGGAAUGUCUAUACCGGAGCACGGAUUUUGCCAGCCGAUAUCCAUCCCUCUGUGCACGGACAUCGCAUACAAUGAAACCAUCAUGCCCAACCUGCUGGGCCACACCAACCAGGAGGACGCGGGGCUGGAGGUGCACCAGUUCUACCCGCUGGUCAAAGUGCAGUGCUCCCCGGAUUUAAAGUUCUUCCUCUGCUCCAUGUACGCGCCCGUGUGCACCGUGCUCGAGCAGGCGCUGCCCCCGUGUCGCUCUCUGUGCGAGCGCGCGCGGCAGGGCUGCGAGGCGCUCAUGAACAAGUUCGGCUUCCAGUGGCCCGACAGCCUCGCGUGCGAGACGUUCCCGGUGCACGGCGCCGGGGAGCUGUGCGUGGGACAGAACAUGACCGACCGCACCGAGGUGGACAGCCGUGGCCCCUACCCCACCGAGCGCACCAUUCCCGACCCCGGUCACUUCAGGUGCCCGGCGUCGCUCCGGGUGCCUCCCUACCUGAACUACCGCUUUCUUGGUCAGGAGAACUGCGGCGCCCCGUGCGAGCCCAAGAGAUCCCACGGGAUGAUGUACUUCAGCGAGGAGGAGCUGAAAUUCGCCCGGAUCUGGAUCGGAAUCUGGUCGGUUCUGUGCUGCGCUUCCACUUUAUUCACCGUGCUCACCUACCUGGUGGACAUGAAGCGCUUCAGCUACCCAGAGCGGCCCAUCGUCUUCCUCUCCGGCUGCUACACUAUGGUGUCCAUCGCCUACAUUGCUGGAUUUUUACUGGAGGACAAGGUGGUGUGCAAUGACAGGUUUGACAAUGACAUAAGGACUGUGGUGCAGGGCACUAAGAAGGAAGGCUGCACCAUCCUCUUCAUGAUGCUCUACUUCUUCAGCAUGGCCAGCUCAAUCUGGUGGGUCAUCCUGGCUCUCACCUGGUUCCUGGCAGCAGGCAUGAAGUGGGGCCAUGAGGCCAUUGAGGCUAACUCCCAGUACUUCCACCUGGCAGCCUGGGCCGUUCCAGCCAUCAAGACCAUCACCAUACUGGCAGUGGGGCAAGUGGACGGGGAUGUACUGAGUGGGGUUUGCUUUGUUGGCAUCAACAGCGUGGACGCCCUGCGGGGCUUUGUCCUGGCACCACUGUUUGUCUACCUGUUCAUCGGCACCUCCUUCCUCUUGGCGGGCUUUGUUUCCCUGUUCCGAAUCAGAACCAUCAUGAAGCACGACGGCACCAAGACAGAGAAGCUGGAGAAGCUGAUGGUGCGGAUAGGGAUCUUCAGCGUGCUCUACACCGUGCCAGCCACCAUCGUCAUCGCCUGCUACUUCUACGAGCAGGCAUUCAGAGAGCAGUGGGAGAGGACGUGGAUCAGCCAGACGUGUAAGACGUACGCUGUCCCCUGUCCUGCCCAGAACCACCCCAACAUGAGCCCGGACUUCACCGUCUUCAUGAUAAAGUAUCUCAUGACGCUCAUUGUGGGCAUUACCUCUGGUUUCUGGAUCUGGUCUGGAAAGACCCUCAACUCCUGGAGGAGGUUUUACACAAGACUGGCCAACAGUAAACAGGGUGAGACCACAGUGUAAUGGGGCUAAACCUCACCCCCACACAGACUGCUUUGUGACAAACUGAAUGAUAAUCCUCUUCUAUUAUUUUCUUUUUUAAUUUUUCUCAGACUUUCUGGAGACAUUUGCUCUGUUUUUUUAAUGUACAUACACAUUUGUGAGAUUUUUGUAAGUAUAUAUUUGUAUUUAAAGAUUUAAAGCAUUUUUUUUCAUUUUUAAAAACACUUUUUUUCAUACUUUGGACUUAAUGGAAUUGUACUUAUUCAUCACAAAGAGCCAGCUGACCAUCAAGGAUACUGGGGUCUUAUGACCUGACUUACUGUGGACACCACUGGGAGUAUUUCACAUCGACUGUUUGUGUCUUUGAUCAGUGAACUGCCUGUGAGCAUUGGGUCUAUUCUAAGCAGAGUCCCGUGAAACCCAAGUGCUUCCUCGUGGCUCCCUCUUAUCCUGAUUAACCAGCUGUAGUUUGUGUCUGUUGUACAGUCGAGCAGCAGUUGCUCUGGUCUGAAGGAACAUGUCAGCAGUCUGGGACAAGAAAUGGUACACAGGUUGUGAAUGUGAGUCAUUGUGACAGAUGGUUGUGGCCUGUAGCUCAGGCCCCAACAGUUCGAACAUUCCUUUCUAAAUAAAGCACAGGUAAUCAUGGAAAUGUAAAGGAACAUGCCAGUGGUUUUGCAUGUAUGUUACAGUACUCCAUAUUCUCAGGCAGUACUGAGGAGUUUUUUUGCUUUUCCUACAUUCCUGGAAACACUUUUAUUGAACUGCAGUUUGUGUCUGUAGGCUGAGUUCUAAUUCUGCAUCAUGACUGUACUUAAUCUUGUUAGUUAUGUUACUGUUGCGUGCUAUUUCAGAUGUCAUUGCAGACCCACUCACUACGUUAGGACACAACAGUAAUAAUACAACUUUGACUGAAGUGAAAUCAGAUAAGACAUCGACCCAGGGGCUGCCUGUCAGCAAAGAAUCACAUGAAAAAUAUUAAAUACUCUGUAUUUAGCAGCAUGGUUUUAAAUCUCUAAUUCAAGUUAUGUGUUCUACAUGGACCUAAACAUGCAGAAAUGCCAGUAUGUUCCUUUACAACAGAGAUUCAAAGCUGCAUUAACACGGUCUGUAAUUGAUAGAAUGCCAGUUUAACAUGCCAGGCUGCACAGCUACAAGUCCAGCACAAGACUUCUGUGUGUGUCGAAGCACAUUGAAAAUGUAAACCAUUUUAUGCAUACAGCGCUGUAUAAAAUCAUUGGACACCCUCUGAGGCUUUAGAAUGUAUUUUUCCACAUACUAAUCUUAAAAAUCUUACAUGUUCGACUUUAUACCAAUUGGAAAAUUAGAUUUUCUUGUAUUUAAGACAUUUUCUCAGUGGACCAUUGCCAAGCAACCAAUCAGACAUUUCAAGGAAAACUAUUCAAAUACUUAAUGUUAGCAUCAAUUAGUCUCUUAAAUGUUUUUUUUAAGCAAAAAUGAUCAAAUCUGCAAACAUGAGGAUUUCAUUUUGUUGGUCAUUUGAUAGUAAACUGAAGCUAACACUUCUAUACAGGACCAUGGCCGCUGGAUGGAAAAACUAAUAAUCAGUAUUAACAAUGAAAAUAAUCUGCAAAUGAAUUGAUAGCGGAACGACUUGCAUAAAGAAAUAGUGUCUCUUGAAAAUUUAAAAUCAAACAUUCUUAUCUGGUCAGAUCUUAUGUUUUGGUUCAUUUACAGGUUUUGACUUGUGGAGAUUUUAGCAGCAGAAGCUAAGAACUCGUCUCAGAAGAAUUAUUAUUGCAUUUGAGCUUGGAGGAAAACAUGAGAGUGUUUCAGUGUCAGAAAACAUGAAAAUAUUGUGGAAGUUGAGGCUUAUCGACGGCUUUGGGUUCAAAGUAGUUCAGGUUUCAAAAGAAAAUAAAUCGUCGUACUUCCUUUUAUCUGAGGGUGUGUAAGAGAGACUUUGAGUUGAGGUCAUAAUCUGAGAUACUGAACACCAAAUUGUUUGAUUCUGGUUACUGAUUUUAUAAAACCUUAAAAACACUAAAUACACCAGGGAUUGAAAUUUGGACACAAGUGUUUGAAAAUGUUAUCUUCUAAAAUAUAGAGCCAAUAGAUUCUCUGUCCAAAAGCCGAAGGGUGUCCAAACGGAAAUAUGACGCUGUAAAUAUAUCUCCAGUUGAUGAGAGAGGGUUGUUAAGCAUAUACAUAUCAUAAAUAUUUGUAAACAUUUUUUCCAUCUUCUUUACCUGAAGGUUAAGUCAGUUCCUGUUAGGAGGGCACUCGGGUUUAUCUGCGCAGUAAUUCGAUCCUAGCGAACAUAGCUGCACUGUGGGACUGAAGAGCAGCCGGCAGCUUGUGUGUCUUCCACCGCAGAAGAAAGGAAGCCUUAUGCUGAAAUGCAGAGCGGCUGCUGUCAGUGCAGCUCUCACACACACACACAUUUCACAACUGUGUGUUCUUGUCAAAUGCUCUUCCACACGGUGCUUCCGAUUCAUAGUAAUCCUUUUAUUAUGUUGACGGCUCUACAAUAGUCACGGCUUUGAAGUAAUGUCCUUUGCAUUUGCUAUGAAGAGAACCUUUAUAUUUAUAGAAAAAAUCUUAUAUAUACACUACAUUGAUUGCUUUAUGAGAAUAAAAACAGUCUCACCAUUGCAACUGUCAA